AUGCUCUACGGAACCGACCCGUCGACCCUGUCCGCAGUGCGCGCAACCAUGGAGCACAAUUUCAUCAUGCCCCUGCAAUUGCAGCGCUACUGGCCGGGCCUGAAGCUCUCGCUAUCGCGGCUCCGGGCGUUCCACCGCGCCUGUCUGGAGAACCACUCGCAUCGCAACUUCGAUAUGGAUCAGUGGAUGAUCACCUUCCUGAAUCGGUACCAGUCGACCGUUCCUGAGCGGUCCGUUGCCGGGGGCCAGGCGAACUCCUGGGACGUCGGCCAGCCGAUUAUUGGGUCUCCGGACGCCGGCCAGCUGUGGAGGGAGAUUGCGGGGUUUACUUCGUGA